GACUGGCAAAGGGAAUGCUUGUCGGAUCAGCGCCUUCGACGAGGCUCAAAUUGCGUAAUUUGUCUACCCACGGGAAGUGGUAAAACUUUGAUAGCUGAAGUCCUAAUGCUGCGAGAGGCAAUUGUAAAUAAGAAGAGCUCGAUUCUUGUACUGCCUUAUGUAGCUAUAGUUCAAGAAAAGAUUGCAUCUUUGUCUGUUUUCGAGGAAGCCUUUGGCAUCAGGAUAGAAGAAUAUGCGGCUAACAAAGGUAGAAUUCCACCCAUAAAACGCAGAAGAGACGUUUCUAUAUAUGUAGCGACAAUAGAAAAGGCGAAUAGUCUACUAAAUUCGCUGAUCGAGUCUUCUGAAAUUGACCGCAUUGGCCUAGUGGUAGUAGAUGAACUUCACAUGAUUGGGGAUGGAAGUCGUGGCACAAUCAUUGAACAAUUGUUGUGCAAGUACUUGACAAAGGGUGAGCUUCCUUUGAUAAAUUACACAUGCAUGGGGUGA